CUGGGAGGGCCAGCGGAGCUCAGCGCCAGGGAAUCCAACACCCCCAGCAUGGGGAGCCGCCCUACUCCUGGGCUCCGGCGAACGACUUCCUCCGGGUCCCGACUGCAACCGGCCAGGCCUCCUGCCUCAGUUUCCCCAACAGGGCAGGGUGCUGCUGGGGGCCACAAGGCGCCAGGGUCCCUGCGAUUGGCCUUGGGCGUGCAGGGGGACGAGCUGUGGAGAGAGCUGGUGGAGGCCGAGGGGCGCGGGUGGCGGCGUUGGGCAACAGGAAGCAGCCCGAGCAGCUGCCAGAGCAGGUGCCGCGCUUCUCGGACGCCGUCCCCAACUCCAGCAGCCACGUGGUGGGCAGCAGGCUGGACACGCCGCUGGGCAGAGACCUGGUCCGCAUGGAUCUCACCUUCUCAGAGGGGACGCGCAGGAAGAGGCCAGGGGCUGGGCUGCAGCCAGCAUAGGGUGGGGCACUGCCUCGUCAGGUGGGGCAGGGGGAUGGAACACCUGUCCAAAAGCCAGGCGUGGCAGGGUACAUCUGUGAUCCUGGCACUAGGGAAGCUGAGGCAGGAGGAUCGCUGUGAGUUCAAGGCCAGCCUGGGCUUCACAGUGAAAAACAAAAUGAAGCAACAGAAACCCACCCCAAACAGAGCAGCCUCUUCCCUCCUGCCUCCAUUUCCUCCAAGAUCCUUUUGAGAGGAAAAUGACGGGCCUCAGCAGCUGUGUUUGCUUGGACCCUGGCCUGGGUUUUUAUUCGCCUCACAGGGAGCCUUCACCACGAGGCCACACAGCUGGCAGUGGUGGAGCUGGGGUUCGAACUCCACUUCACCGGCUCCAGGAACCCCGGGACUGAGCAGAGGCCAAACCUGAGGCAGCUGAAGGUCAGACCGUGACGAAGCUCUGUCAGCUGAGCCGCAGACACUGACCAGGCUAUAGGUGUUUUUGCUUAAAAACUCCCUCUUCCCCCUUGCUCCUUUUUCCUUCCCCCCUGACACUGGGAGUUGAACCCUGGGCCUUUG